AUGUAUUUGCGACAGAAGAAACCUGACCUAACUAUUCUCAUGUGGGAUGAUAUGCUUAGGAAUAUUGGUGUGGAUGUGUUGAUGAAAUAUGAACUGUGCAACGUAGUUCAGCCGGUGGUUUGGGACUACAAUGUGAAGGAAUUCUUCCAAAUAAAAGACCAGCUGUGGGAAAAAUAUCGGCAGCUGUUUCCCAAAGUUUGGGCAGGUUCAGCUUAUAAAGGAGCCAAUGGAAGUUGUCAGAUAUUGUCACCGGUGAAUCGCUACGUAAGCAACCAUGAGGCUUGGAUGCAAGUAUUCCAUAAGCAAUCGUCCAAACUAGACUUCACUGGUAUCAUACUCACUGGUUGGUCCAGGUAUGAUCACUAUGCCACGUUGUGUGAGCUUCUGCCGGUGGCUUUGCCGAGUUUGGCGAGUUGUUUACGAUUGCUGACCAAAGCAGAAUCUACACCAAAUGAAUGUGUGGUUAAUGAAAGUUUGCCGCGACAACAGUGGCCCGGAGUGGAGGCGGCUCGAUUGGUUCAUUCCUUUUUACUGCUCAGGGAACAAGCACACUCCUUUAUACACGGUGAUCUUGUUACAACAUGGCUGAACGCAUGGCAGAUCGAGAAUAAUUACACCAAUCCAAUACAAGCGGAAAACAUUGUGGUUGUAGCUAAACAGUUGCUAUCAGAAUUCACGAGUCUUCAAGCUGAGCUGAUUCCAAACCUCAACGCUGUAACCGGCAGACGCAGUACCGAGGAAUGGGUCAAAACAUACGUUAUUCCACUUAUAAACAAAAUAAGUGAACUCCACAAAACGGCAGAAGCCAGGAGCAAAGCCGAUGCGGGCGUAAGUCCUCUGAACACAUUGUCACUGAAGAAUAAGUACUGGAACGUGCAGUGA